UCGAUGACCAAGAUCCUGUACGCGACUUUAAAUGAAUGGAUUUCCUUGUAAAGUUAGUUAUCCUGCGAGCAAAACCUUGGUAGAGAAACUUUGGCAAAUGGCUUAACAAACUUUGACGCUGUCAUUAAUUGGUGAAAUAUCAGUGUCAUCACUUUUAUGAAAGCGAUGAUUUGAAUCGAGUCCUAAGCAGAGAAGGAAACUGACAUCGAUAAUCUUAGUGAAAGCCACGGUAGAAGAAUUCUUUAAACAACGGUAGAUAGAAUACAUCAAAAUAGAAACGUCAUCAAAAAUGGAAGACGAAAUGCUAAAUACUUUACAAUGGACUGAAGAUUCAUACUCCUUACAAAAUUUUGUUAACGUUUUUUCACUUCCACAAGUCGUGAAAGUUAUCCGUGGUUAUGAUGGUGGUGAACACAGCGCUACCAUUGGUCAUGGAGUUGUUCUUACGCUCCACGCUAUCAGAGAGUCAAGGUUACUCCAAGAUGAAGAUAACGAAAUAGAAAGCUCAUUGAAACGAAGUCCUUAUCUCACUGUUAUUGCCACUACUGUGAACAGUGACGUGCUGUUAAAAUUUUGUCUUGCAAUACCAAAGGACAUAGACAUCGAGAUUGUUGUUGCUGAUGGCUUUGAUAAUGGCGCAAAGCAUUACACAAACAUUGUAAAUAAACUAAAUGAUCGUUUUGAUGUUGUGAAAUUUAUGAACGCCUACGAAUCACUGCUUAUCAGGCGCCAGGAUCACAUUCAGAAAUUCGAUUACGAUGCAAUCAAGGAAUACAUUAUCGAUAAAUCGAUAUUAUUAUCAAAAUGUGACGAUGAAGAGGAGCUGGAUGUGGUUGAUAUGCCUACUUUGCCUCCACAACGAGUGGAAAAUCCGCUUGAAGCGAAAAAAGGGAAUCAUAUACAAAAUGAGUUUUCUAAGAAAUCUCCUGGCUCACUUUUAAGUGGUGGAGAAUCUCUGAUUAAUCGUGGAUCAACAAGCAAAGGGAACUCAAAAAGUAACAAAUUUUUUUACAUCCCACAAGAUCCGUCUGUGCUCAGCGUUAUUGCCCUUGCGGAUCUUUUACGAAAUUUGAACAUGGGACAAUAUGCAGAGAUUUUUGAAGAAAAACAAAUCGAUGGAAGAAUGUUGAUGGAAAUCACCGACUCCGAUUUGAAGUCGUUUAACAUGUCUGCGUUUCAUCAAAGUAAGCUGAUGAGUUUCAUCAAAGGUUGGAGACCUAAACUGAAGUCACGUGUUCGAGGCGAAAUGCACAAUCCUGUUAUGUCAUCAAAUUAUACGGAAGUGUUUUCUUUUGAGCACGUUGAAUCGUCAGAUGCAAAAGAGAUGACUUUUGAUAGACGUCCUGAAAAAAAGGAUAAAACCAUGGAUAAAUAUGUAUCGUGUGAAGUAGAUCCAUCUUGUUCAAGCUUCCCAUUCCAUUCUGCCAUAAUAAAAGAUGAAAAUAUUGAGGAAAAACCUGUUAUCGAUGAAUCGAUUUCAACACCAAAGCCAGACGAAGGUGACGAAGGUUUGGAUGAGGUUGAUGGGCCAGGGUUACGAAGAGUGAAACAAUCAUUUCGACAAAAGGUGAAAAGCUUUGACUUAACGCCAACGAUUUACGCCAUGGACAUCUCUGAGAAGUCAGUACUUGGCCGAAAAAAUAAUAUCAAGUCCGUAGCGGGAUCUCAAAUUGAUGGUAACUACCGUCAAAAGACAUCAGAAGAUAUAUUAGAACCUAGUAAUGAUAUGAACCCCCAACUUGUAAAUGGUGUAACUGGGAAAGAUAACUCCAAAGAAUCUAUCCAUGAAGACCCCUCUAACACUCUUCCAGCAACUACUGUGUACCACACUGCGUCUCCGACGAUUAACGAGGAUAAUAAAAAUGUGGCAAAAGAAGAUGAGGUUAUCUAUGAAGACCUGUCUCAUUUCAAUCCAUCAACUGCUGUGUUCCCCAAAUCUUCUCCUGUGAUUAAAAGAGAUUAUAAAAAUACAGAAAAAGAAGCCGAAGAUAUCUAUGAAGACCUCUCUAAUAUUAUUCCAUCGACUACUGUGCACCACAUAAAACCUCCAAGGAUUAGCCAACAUUUCAAAGAUACAACAGAAGAAGCCGAAGUUUUCUAUGAAAAUCUGUCUAAUUUCCAUCCAUCAACUACUGUGUACCACACUAGCUCUCCUAUGGUUAACAACAAUUGUAAAAAUCCAGCAAAAAGCUCCGAAAUUUUCUAUGAGAAUCUCUCCAACUUCCAGAUUGAUCGUAAUGCUGCCUUUUCCGCGGAAGACUCUGAAUCAUCUCUCAAAAAUACUGAAGAAAAUGCAUUAGUCACCAAAAACGUCGACAAAGGCAACGAUAACGAAGCCCCUGAACUUCCUGAGAAAUCGCCUGAGUUGAAGAUGAGAAUUAAUGCUGAAAUUCAGGCACUUUCAUCUGAGCCCAUUUAUCAGAGACCAAGAUCUUUGCUAUCUACAAUCAACUUCACAAGUGUUGCUCACAAUCGUCCGAAUUCAGGCCAUCCAUACGAAUUAAUUUGUAACAUUCCACUUGAUCUGUCUGGCCUCAGCGUCGGUGAGGUAGCGGAUAUUUUACGGAAUUUGAAUAUGGGACGAUAUGCAAAUAUUUUUGAAGAUGAAUUAAUCGAUGGAAGAUUGCUGAAUGAACUCACGGAUGCUGAUUUGAAGUCGUUUAAUAUGUCUUCGUUACACUGCACAAAGCUAAUGAACUUUAUCAAAGGUUGGAGACCUGAAUUAGUGUCGCGUGUGAGAGACAAAACGUACACUCCUGUCACACCAUCAAAUAAUAAGGAAGUGCUUUCUUUUGAAAAUGUUAAAUCAUCGAAUGAAAAGGAGAUCUCUGAUAAUAAACGUUCUGAAGAAAAGGAUACAACCAUGGAUGAAUUUGAAUCGUGUGGGAAAGAUCCUUCCUAUUCAGCAACUUUCCCAACAAAUCCUGCCAUCAGAAGCGAUGAAAAUAUUGAGGAGAAAUCUGUCAUCAAUGAAUCCAUAUCAUCACCGAAGUCUGACAAUGAAGAAGUGUUUGAUGAAGUUGAUGGGUUUCAACGAAAACUGAAAAACACAUUUCAUAAAACUACCAAAAGCUUUGACUUACAGCCAUCGUUUGACACCGACAUCUCUAAGAAGGACCCGCCUGUCAGCCCCAUUGUGUUACGCGUUACUCCCAAUCGUCUCAUUGAAGAAAGUCCUCAAAAGUCAAUUAGUAACGUACCAUUUGAAUUAUCUGACAUUGACGUCAUUGCUGUAGCGGAUAUUUUACGAAAUUUGAAUAUGGGAGAAUAUGCAGAUAUUUUCGCAAAGGAAUUAAUCGAUGGUAGAUUGCUGAUGAAACUUACGGAGUCAGACUUAGAGUCGUUUAAUAUGACAGCGUUUCACCGUAGCAAGCUGAUGAAAUUCAUUAAAGCUUGGAGUCCUGUGUUAGUCAUUCGAAGUACUUCAUUGUAUGAGCGAGAAGCUGAAUUAAAAAACAAAUUUCUUGACGAAGAUUACAACAUUCGAAAAGAAAUAGAAGAAAAAUUUAAAAGUUUGUCGUGGAUAUGUGACGAUAACGGAACAGUUGGUAAAUAUCGCGUGACACCAUAUCCUCACUUGUGUAUCACAGUUGAUGGUGAUGAAGGAAGGCCAGAUGAAGAUUUGAAGAAAGAAAUUGAUGAAAUUUUUGAAUUGGAAGCAUCGAAAUUUAUCGAAUUUCGGCGUUUACCUUUGGCGUAAAAUAGGUACGCAACGCGAACAUUAGGGUAACCCACCAAAUAUACGUAAAAUAGGUACGCACCAAGUAAAUUUGAGUAACCUUGCAAAUAUACGUAAAAUAGGUACGCAUUGGGUACAUUUGAGUGACCUGGCAAAUAUAAGUAAAAUAAGUACGCAUCGGGUACAUUUGAGUGACCUGGCAAAUAUACGUAAAAUAGGUAUGCAUCGUGUAUAUUCGAGUAACCUGGCAAAUAUAAGUAAAAAAGGUAUAAGCCGCGUAUAUUUGAGUGACUCGGCAAUUAUAUAGCCAAAGAAUGAAGUUGUUGAAUUAUUAAAGUUAACUUGAUAUUAUAUAAUUAAGUUCAAAACA